AUGAACGCUGUAGUAUCCCUUGCCAAGCCAACAGCGGCCCCCACGCUCUUCCGUCGUAACCGCAUCCGUGUCAAGGAGUUAUUGAAAAGCGGUAUGAAGUUGGAGGGGGAGACGCUCACGGUGAAAGGCUGGGCAAAGACUCUGCGAGAGGCUGGAGCUGGUGCCUUUGCGUUCCUAGAGCUCAACGACGGUUCGUGCUUUGCUGGCGUCCAGUGCGUCAUCAACAAGGAAGAGACAGUGGGAUUUGCUGACGCAAUUGCGUCUGGCGGUGUUGGUGCUAGUUUUAGCGUGGAAGGCGUCGUCGUCAAGUCGCCAGCCAAGGGCCAAGAGAUUGAGCUGAAAGCUGCCAAAGUCAUGGUCUAUGGCGGCGUUCCUGAUAGUGCCACGUAUCCCAUGAGCAAGAAGCGCCACACGUUGGAACAUUUGCGAGCUCACGCGCACUUGCGUCCACGCUCCAACAUUCACGGCGCCGCAAUGCGUGUCCGUAACGCUAUGGCUUUUGCCACCCACGAGUUCUUUAAUCAGCGUGGCUUCCUCUACAUCCACACUCCUAUUAUCACAGAGUCAGAUUGUGAAGGAGCUGGAGAGAUGUUUAGUGUGACCACGUUGCUCAGCCAACACCCGGACGGCAAAUUGCCGCUCACAAAGGAGAACAAGGUCGAUUACACCAAGGACUUUUUCGACCGUCCGUCGUUCCUUAGUGUGUCUGGCCAGCUUAAUGUUGAGACACACUGUUGUGCCCUCUCGGACGUGUACACGUUCGGUCCGACGUUUCGUGCCGAGAACUCGAACACGUCUCGUCAUCUUGCUGAGUUCUGGAUGAUUGAGCCUGAAAUUGCCUUUGCAGACCUCAAGGAUGACAUUGAUCUGGCUGAGGAUUAUCUGAAGCACUGCGUGCAGUACGCUCUGGACCAUUGCCUUGAGGAUUUGGAGUUUUUCGGCAAGAAUAUCGAGAAGAACUUGCUCGAGCGUCUUGCAGCUACUGUCGAGUCGCCGUUUGUGCGCAUCUCGUACACGGACGCCGUGGAGCUGCUACUUAAGCCAGAGCAUUUGAAAAAGGGAAAUUUUUCUGUCAAGCCUGUCUGGGGGACUGACUUUGGCUCGGAGCACGAGCGGUACUUGACUGAAGUGGUUUACAAGAAGCCGGUCGUGAUCUUUGACUACCCAAAGGAAUUUAAAAGCUUUUACAUGCGUCUAAAUGAUGACGGCAAGACCGUUGCUGCUGCUGAUGUGCUAGUGCCUAACGUGGGUGAAAUCAUCGGUGGAUCGGCACGUGAGGAGCGUCUGGAUGUACUGGAAAGCCGCAUCCGAGAGUCUGGUGCAAACCCGGAAGAGUACAAGUGGUACCUUGAGCUGCGGAAAUACGGCUCAGUGCCUCACGCUGGUUUUGGUCUCGGCUUUGAGCGUCUUAUUCGUUACGUGACUGGUAUUGAAAACAUUCGUGAUGUGAUUCCAUUCCCACGAUGGCCUGGCAAUGCCUCCUUUUAA